GAUCUACCUUAUAUAUUGAGCGGAACACAAUAGGUUUUAUGAAGGUUUGGUCAUUGGAACUAUCAGUAGGUAGUAAAAACACUUACCCACACACGGGACAUUUUACUCAGACACACAACUAGCUAGGACAUAUUUUCUGAGUGUAUACUUUUUCGGAUUUUAUACAGAAUAUGGGAGGAAACCAAGUGGAGGAUUUAGAAGAGAAUGAGAAAGAUAAAAAGAAAGUAGAUGUUGGAGAGCCAAGAAAAUAUGACCCAAACUUUAAAGGCCCUUUGAAAAACCGGUCCUGUACCGACAUCAUAUGCUGUCUGCUCUUCCUCUUCUUCGUCACGGGAAUGGUGGUCUGUUCUAUCCUCGGAUUUACCCGAGGAAACCCUUACAAGUUGAUCUACCCCACCGACAGCUCUGGUAAUGUCUGUGGCCUGGACACGAAAUCAGGCAAACCAUACUUGAUGUAUUUUGAUAUUUUACAAUGUGCUAAGAUGGGGGCAAGUGCUAUAGUGGCUGGCUGUCCUACCCCACAGGUUUGUGUGUCAGCCUGUACUACAGACUACUGGGUCUACCUGGAGGCCAUAGCAACCACCAGUACAACUGGACUUCUUUGUAAGGACACUGUGGACACAUCAACGGUUUCGUUCUCACAAAUCAGUUCACUUGUAUCCAAUGAUGACUGUGCUGCCUACUAUGUAAAGAACACUGCCAUUGUCGGUCGUUGUGUGCCAUCCUUCUUUCUGGAAGUCACAAACUAUGCCUCUAACCUACAAACCAGUGGAGCUUACAACCUGACAACCUCUGACGGAAGUAGUGUCACAGCAAAUGAUAUGACAAGUGCCAGCUACUACCUAGCCAAAUUCUACACGGCCACCCAGUACAUAGAGAUGGUGUUCAAGGACAUUGUGGCAUCUUGGUGGCUACUCCUGGUGUUCAUGGGCAUUGCUAUGGUAACUUGCUUCAUCUGGAUCGUUCUUCUUCGUUGGAUCGCUGGCAUCAUGGUUUGGAUCAGUGUCAUCCUAGUGUUUGGUCUUCUUGGAUUUGCGUGUUACUACAGCUAUUCACAGUACUAUGAAAUGAAGAACCAGAAUUCAACAGCUACCUAUGGAGUGUCUGAAGCUUUCGCCCUUAACUUCGGUUACUACCUCCAGCUUAAGGAGACUUGGCUAGCCUUUGGCUGCUCCACUGCCACUUUCCUGAUAAUUUUCCUCCUGAUAUUUAUUUUCCUGGUCAAGAGAAUCUGUAUAGCAAUUGAACUGAUCAAAGAAGCGAGCAGAGCCAUCGGUCACAUGAUCUUUACAUUGAUUUGGCCGAUCUUCCCCUUCCUCCUCCAAGUCUGCGUGGUGGGAUACUUUGGCAUCAGCGUUUCUUAUAUAGCUACUAUGGGUAAUGCAGAGUACUAUAACAACUCGACCAACACUUCGACUGAUGGUGUAAACUACUAUCUAGAGAGAAUCACCUGCACUCCUAACGACACAACUUUAGGAUCGCUUUGCGAUUUUGUCAAGUAUGGAGGCACCGAAUAUAUAAUUCCGAUGCAGGUAUAUAUGUUGUUUAUGUUCCUGUGGCUGAACAACUUUGUGAUUGCAUUUGGCCAAAUGGUCCUAGCUGGCUCAUUUGCUUCUUAUUACUGGGCCUUCGAAAAGCCAAAGGAUAUUCCUCAUUUCCCAAUCACGGGGUCUGUCUGGAGAGCAUUGAGGUACCACACUGGGUCUCUUGCAUUUGGGUCCCUCAUACUGGCAAUUAUCCAGUUCAUAAGGAUUGUGCUGGAAUAUCUUGACUACAAACUCAAAGAUAGUGAAAAUGUGGUGGCUAGAUUUUUUGUCAAAUGUUUGAAGUGCUGCUUCUGGUGUCUCGAAAAGUGUGUUAAAUUCCUGAACAGAAACGCUUACAUAAUAGUUGCAGUUUAUGGAAAGAACUUCUGUUCGGCAGCGAAAGAUGCUUUCUUUCUUAUACUACGAAAUGUUGUAAGGGCCGUUGUGCUGGAUAAGCUUACCGACUAUGUGCUGUUUCUGAGCAAGCUAGCUGUAACCGCAGCAGUUGGGGUUGGAGCAUACUAUUGGUUUCAAGGAAAGAUUGCAUUCUUUUCCGACUAUGUGCCUACGCUCAACUUUUACAUCACACCAAUUGUGAUUGUGAUUAUUGGCACGUUCCUGAUCACGUGUGGGUUCUUCAGUGUCUACACGAUGGCAGUUGACACGUUAUUUCUAUGCUUUUUGGAAGACCUAGAAAUGCAUGAUGGCUCUGCAGAAAAACCAUACUUUAUGAGCAAAGGGCUGAUGAAGAUAAUUGGCAAAAAGAACAAGUUUGAGGACCCGGAUGAUGACGGCAAAGACAAAAAAUCCAAGGGCAAAUAGAAAAAAGAAAAUGAUGAUUUCUAAUGAUGAUUUCUAAUUUUUCAAGUUCUGAAAUAAUUAUUUCACUUAGUGAUAUAUUUGAUUUUGGAAUAUAUAUAUGACAGGGAUAUGUACAGAAUCAGGUAUUCAAAAACAGAAAAAACAGAGUUCACAGUAAUAGCAUAUAUUAAACAGUUGCCUGACCAGCAUACUGAGAUUGUAAAGUGAGACUAUAAGAAAAAAACCAUACCUCCCAUUAGCUUAUCUGACACGCAACGUCUAUAUUCAAUGCCUUUUACUUUCAAUUUCAAACUUCGCAUUUGAAAAAUAAAAUAGAAGCAUUUUUUUAAAUAAAUGCUUUUUUAAAAUAUAGAUAAUCUGACAAUGCUCUCAUACUUUAAAGUAUGAUCGCUGCUUCCACCAAUAAAACCGAAAGUAUGAUUUUGUAAAUCAAAACUAACCAUAGAUCACGUAAUGGCAAAACAGCUUUGUGAUCAUAGGAAAAUCUAAGAGAAAUCUUAUUUAGAUUGUAAGAUCAACACUAUCUACCAUGAUAGCUUUAAAGUAUUUUGAAGUUGAAAAAAAACUAGUGAUAAUUUAUUAACCUCUAGAUAGAGAUUUAGAUGGGUAAUAUAUUUUUUAUGUUUUUUUAUUUUAUGAAUUGUAAUGUUGGGAUAUUUUUAAGUGAAGGGAUAUUUGUGUGACUAGUAAAGACCUCUUACUUGAAACCAGAUAUAUUGUCAUAUCUCUUCUCUCAAAACAGAGAUAUUGUCAUGUCUGUACCAUUUAAAUAGAGAUAUUAUCAUGUCAAUACUUCCAAAGCAGAGAUACUUUCUUGUCAAUAUCCUUAAAACAGAGAUAUCACAAUGUCAGUACUCUCGAAACAAAUAUACGGAGAUAUGGUCAUUUCAGUACUCUCGAAACAGAGAUAUGGUCGUGUCAAUACUCUCGAAGCAGAUAUAUGGUCAUGUCAAUACUUUAUAACAGAGUUAUUGUCAUGCCAUUACUCUCGAAUUUUCGAGAUAUUGUCAUGGCAGUUAUCUCGAAACAGAGAUAUUGUUAUGUCAAUACUCUUUAAACAUAUUUAUCAUCAUGUCAGUACUCUCGAAACAGAUAUACCCUCGGGACAGAUAUCUCAAAACAUAUAUAUCGUCAUUGUCAAUAAUCUUCAAACAGAGGUAUCGUCAUGUCAAUAUCAAGGGAGAUAAUGUGUUAACAGAUGUAAUGUUAUCAUAAUUUUAUUUCAAACGUUCGACAUGCUGUAAUUGUUAGUAAGUUUGAAAUACUUUUUGUAGAAAAAAAGUACCUGUGAUGCGAUAUGUAUGUAAAUCAGUUUAUUACAUUCUCUACCCAAUUGGUUAUCAUACUAUCCCAUAAACUUUCAAUAAGUAUCAUGCUAUACGAACCGUUUUGGAAACAAAGAAAAAUGUUACGCUUUAAAGAUUUCGCAGCAAAAGCGAAACUAUUUGUUUUUUUCUUUGCUUACCCCGUCUUUAUAUUCAGAAAAUGUGUUAUUGGACACAAAUUGAGCAUAUGAUGGAAAGAAAAAGAAUUUUGUUCAUCUCCCAUCUUGUAUGCUAAGGACGUAUUGGUGUAUGUUCGUACAGUUUGAAUUUAGCUGUAAGUCUCCUUGAAAUGUUUGACAUUUAUUAUAUAUUGAUGCAGAAAUAUGGUCUGUGACCAAUUUCAGAAUGACAUGUAUAUUACACAGCUUCUCUUACUGUACUCGGUGAUGGCAACCAAAAUGUGACUUGAUGCUCAGUGUGAACAUAAAAGGACAACACACUUAAAAUCCAUCCCAAUAUUUGGCAGAAUAUACUUUAGUGUCGACAGAGACAAUGUGAUAAUAGUAAUAAAGUACAUGUGAUUGUGAUAUUUUGAUUAUAAUAUAUUAAUAACCUCUGUGAUAUAGGUAAUUCUAUAGUUUUAUCUUCCAAUUUCAAUGUCAGUUUCCGUCCAGAUUGUUUACAUAUUAGAUAAAUUAAAAUCUAAUGAUGUGUUCCGUCCAUAUAACUAUUGUUUCAAAUUGGAUUGUAGUUUUUAUUGUAGUUAUACCAAUCCUUACAUGUGGGAAUGAACUAGUGUUUGUUCAGAUAUUGUCUCGUAUAUAUUUAAUAGUGUUGGUAUUGUACAUACGAUUGUAUCAUAUGCUCUGAUGAAUCUCUAGAUGUGUUUCAACCUUUAUCCUGCCAUGAUUGAAUACAAUAAUAUACACGGCAUUGAGUCAUCGCUUUGUAAAUAUAUUCUGAUUUUUCACAUUGCAAUAUUUGUUGUAUUAUCUCGGCUGGUUCCAAGAUAGAGUUACACAUCUUUUAUAAAUAAAUAUUUUUGAAUAUUUUAUGUAUUUUUAAUAUAUUUGUUCUAGUUUAAAAAAAUUAAAUGUACAUAUAUUAUUUAAAAUCAAUUCUGUUUAUUAAGUGUUCAGAGAACGUCUUUAUCAUACUGUUUUUUUCAUUUGAUAUUAACUGGAUAGUUUAGUGUUUCCCCUGUAUGUUUUUGUCGACAUUAUCAUUAAAUGUUUAGCCCUUAGUAAUAAUUGUAAUAUUUUGUUUUUAAUUUUUAUAUUAUUUAUAAUUUAAAUAUAUGAUCUGACGUUUGCAAUGCUAUAUCUUUUAUUUUAAAUGUCAGAACUUACGACAUUAUUUAACGAGAAAACCUGACACUAAUAUUUACGGUGGGGUCUGGAUUUUUAUCUUUGGAAGUCAAAGGUUGUCUGCGAUAUAUUUUGAGUUAACCCUUUUAAAAUGAAGGUUAUUCCAUGUCGUUAAUAAUGAUAGGACCAAUAUAAAUUUAUAUAUAGAAGUGCACCAACGAGUGAUGGUUGGUUCUCAUGUUUAUCUUUCUAACGAGAGUGAUAUAAAUAUGAUAACCGACCAUCACGAGUUCAGACAUUACAUCUAGAAUACCAUAAGUUUCCCGUCGGAAUACGUUAUUCCUGUUUCCGAUCUGGGAAACUGUCGUCAUGAACUCUGACGUCAUAAUAUAAGACGCACAAUUUGUGUUGCUUCAAUGUCAUUUAUGCAGAAGGCAUACGAAAUCCCCGAUUCUGAAGAAAAGACACAUUAGUCGCAUCUUGAGAUCAUGCAGUGGGGUCGAAAAUCUUUAUUGCAAUGUGAAACAUUUUCUAGGACAAGUCAGUGGUUAGUAUACUAAAGGAAAGGAAA